GCUGAAAAGUGUUGUGUCAUUCUGGUCACUGGGUACGUGUGCUACUUUUGAGCCCUAUAAAUUACUCCUUUUUCUUUCGUGACUUUCUAGUUGCAAGUCAUUCUUGCGCUUAAUAUCUACUAAACUGCACUAAACUGAAGACAGAGCAAAAUCUAAUGUGUAUCUUUCGCCAUCACUCGACAUAUGAACUACAGAUUUUUUAAGAAGAAAACUAUUUUAUCUCCUACUGAAAAAAAGAACAAGUAAAGGCUACAAUACAACUACAAGGAAUGAAAGGAAGUUAUUUGUUUUUACUGUUUCUGGCUUACCAAUUGAAGACGACAUGUAUGGCAGCGCGCAUCCUGGUUUUGUCUCCGCUGGGUCCACGAAGUCACAUCAAUUCCUUGAUGCCGAUGGUUGAAACGUUGGCAGAAAACGGACACCAGUUAACCGUCGUGACGUCUUCUUCUCCCAAAACUUUGUCACCAAAUAUCCACAAAAUAGUUGUUGACGAACUGAUUGAAUUUGUUGACGUAACGUGGUAUGACUUUAUGGAACAUGGCAUCAUCUUUAACUCCAUAGGCAUGUUCAUGUUUUUCCGCUCAACUAUGACCCCUGCUUACGAAAAAUUUAUGGCAAACAAACAAAUUCAAGAAAUCAAACAAAACAAAAACUAUGAUAUCGUCAUAGUGGACGCGAUCGUCAACGAAUUUAGCCUUCCCCUUGUCGAUCAUCUAGGAAUCCCUUUUAUAUUCUUUGAUCCUGGACCUGGAAUGUUUUGGAGUUUGGCAGCGAAGGGUGUCAGUCACGAUUAUGCAAGCAUACCGCCGCUGCUUGGUAGCUACUCCAGUCAGAUGACGUUCUUUGAGAGGAUGACAAAUUUCGUGGUAACCGAAGGAUUUCUAGUAUUGCGAAAGUUUUACUUGCUGGCGGCUUUAGACCAACUAGCUAAAAAGGAUUUCCCAGCAACACGACCUAUAUCUGAAAUUGAAAGGAACGCUGAACUUACUUUUGCAAAUAUUCAUCCGGCAUCCAGUUGGACACGUUCACUUCCGCCGACAUUUAUUCCUGUUCCUGCCAUGCACGUUAGACCUACCAUGCCGCUACCACAGGAUUUUAAGACUUUUGCUGAUGAAGCAGAACAUGGCUUGAUUUUAUUUACCCUUGGAUCGAAUUCUCAAGUAUCCUCUAUGCCAGUUCACAUCCAGGAAAUAUUUCUCCGCGUUUUUGCUCGUCUUCCGCAACGAAUUAUUUGGAAAUGGGAAAUGGAUAGCCUUUCCCAAUUACCAAAUAACGUUAAGAUGGUUGAUUGGCUUCCUCAGCAGGAUCUCCUAGGCCACAAAAACACUCGACUAUUCAUCGCACACGGUGGUUUAAUGGGAAUUCAAGAGACAAUCUACCAUCAAGUACCAGUUUUGGGCUUACCCUUAGGAAGAGACCAGCGCACUCUCCUUAUUAAGGCCAAUCAAGAAGGCUAUGCCCUAAAGCUUGAAUGGGAAGAUUUAACUGAAGAGCUGCUGUAUGAAUCUAUUCAGAAAAUUAUAAAUCAGCCAAGCUUCAAGAAUAAUGCUACCCGACUGUCCCACCUGAUGCAUGAUGAACUGAUGCCAUCAAGAAAAGUAGCUGCCUAUUGGGUAGAACACGUCCUUCGUCACGGCGGACCAAAACACCCUCAAAGUAAAGACAUGCCGUUUUAUCAAGUUUAUCUGCUUGAUGUGUGGCUCUUUUUGUUUGUGUCUUUGGUGUUCACAAUGUUUGCAUCCUAUAAAUUUGGGGCAUUGAUUCUUCGAAGACUUACAAGGUCAAAACUUAAAACACAUUAACGUGUCAGGCGAAAUAUCUGAAUAAAUAAAGAAAUAAAAAUUUA